ACAGGCACACACACAAUUGCACUCACCAUACACACACAGAAGUUAGGGUAAUUGGAGAUGGGUUUGGUGGGGCUUUGGGUGAGCUUUGGAAUAAUAUGGGUUGGGUUGGUGGGGGUAUCAAGUGGGUAUAAGUUCUACGUUGGAGGCGGAGAUGGGUGGGUCAUUAGCCCUUCCGAGGAUUAUACGCACUGGUCUCACAGAAAUAGGUUCCAAGUCAAUGACACCCUCUAUUUUAGGUACAAGAAGGGAAGCGACUCAGUGAUGAUGGUGAAGGAAGAAGAUUACAACACAUGCAACACAAAAAACCCUAUAAGCUCCCUGAACGACGGCGACUCGGUGGUCGUGCUUGGAAGGUCAGGGCCUUUCUUCUUCGUCAGCGGCAACUCCGGCAACUGCUUCCGUGGCCAAAAACUCGCCCUUGUGGUCAUGUCGGCCCACCACCAUCGCCGGCACUCUCCCUCUCCCUCUCCCUCGCCCUCUCCGUCACCGUCUGCGGUGGUACUUGUGCCGGCGAUUUCCCCUUCGGGUUCGGAAGUUGCAGCCCCGGCGCCGGCGCCGGCGCCUAUCUCUGCUCGCAAUUCGGGUUCGGUUCGUUCUCUGGUUAAUAGUUGUUUUGGGUUGUUUGUGUUAAUCAUAAGUUCAAUGGUUUAGGGAUUCUUAAUUUAUCGUAUCUGCAUCUGCAACUUUUUUAUUCCCUUUGCUAAACCUACAACUAUAACGUAUGUUUUAUGCUCUCGUUUUAUCGGUUAUUAAUUAUAAAUUAGCAUUCUAUGUUGGAAUUGAUA